AGAACUUUUGUAUACAUUAAGUUCAAAGGAACUUGCAAUGUUAGAGAAAGCUCUCUGCAGUACUGAAGAGCCUGAAGUGUCCACCCCCUCAGUUGUAGGCGUCCAAUCAGAGACUCUGUUACAAAUAGAUCAAGGCUUCCAUGAAGGAGGUGAAGGAAUUGUUCCCCUUGAAUCUAUUAGCUCAAACAUUCUCGUACAUUCACCAGGGUCUGGAAGCCCUGUUACUCCAGUAAACCUUAUGCCUGAAGGCAUUGAUUUUGGACAGCUCUCUCCUACUUCAACCAUUGUAGAUGAUUACCAUGAUGAACAAGAAAUUGAAGAUGGUUUCUUGAACAAGUCAGAAAGUCAGGACUCUGGUCUGCAGAGUGAAAAUGUGAGUAAUUCAGAUAUUGUCCUUCCAGGAGGACUUCCUCUUGUGUCACAUGACCUGAAUGUCGCUCAUUGUACAAAAUCUGAGGAUGCAGCUGGCGCAGGUUUGAAGUAUGUGAAAUCUGAAAAAGAAACCGGUAUUUGUGAGAAUCAAAAUACUAAAAGUGUUAUAAAUGAAAAUUCAAGCAAACAAAGUGAAACUGAUAAUAUAUGUGAUAAAACAGAUUGUUGUGAACAUUCUGGGUGUACUUCAGAAUCUAGAUUUAGUGAUCAGUCAGGUGUGGAAAGCAGUUGCUCUGUAGGGGAAGUUAGUGAAAUUAGACACUUAUGUGAAGAAAUAGUUGAUGAAACUGUGAUUAAUGCAGUGCAUUAUAGUGAUAGCGAAUGUGAUAAAACACCUAAUCAGUCUGUUGCUACUGCAUUUGAUGAUGAUAUUGAGGAUGAUACAAUUGAAGUUAGUGAUGUAACUGAUGAUGCUGACAGUCAGUCAGAUACUGUAGGUGCUGGUAUAUCACGUCAGUAUAGCUGGCAGUAUAAUGUUCAGUUUGCCUUGCCACAGUUAUCACUCACAGAUCAUGACAUGGCUGACAGACAAUCAUCUGGUUCUUUCUCAAGUGAUAGCACAGUGUCUGAAGAUACUGGACAGCCAGGCAGUGUGUCAGAUUUUGUUAUUGAAACUUUAGCAAAUAUGAACAGGACUAGUGAUAGCAUGACUUUGGUUCCCAGUGACCAAACUUUAACAUUGUAUAGUUCCCUUUCCCCACAACGAUCUUCAUCCUUGAAAGAUUCUCAAAAGUUGCCUUCAAGUUCACAUGCCACAUCAUCAAAUAGCAAACAUCGUAAACAUGAGCACCAUCAGUCCAACCUUUAUAUAGCUCAGGCAAGUAAUUCACACCAAAGUACCUUAAAUAAGCCAAAUACAAACUGUGCACAUAAAGUAAAACCAGGCAAGAGAGACUCAGUGGAGAAUAUAAGUUGUGGGAUAGGAGCUCAGGCUCAGCCUUCAACUGAUGAUGCCUCGGUUGAUAAUAAAGAAAAUAAAGCUAAAUCAAAAGCAGUGCAGACUGUACAGAGUGAGGAGACAGCAAGUUGCUCAAGUGACCCCAGUAGUGUUAGUUGUGACUGUGAUUGUGAUACUCAAUGCUCAUGUUUGGAGAGUGAGACAAGUUCUUAUAACUCGGAGACCAAUGAUGAGGAGGAAAUAGCUCUUGCUAUACAGGCUGCUGAGAUUGCAUCAAGAAAUGAGGCACGUUCACGUUUCCGCAGUAGUAGUGAUCUUAUACAUAGACUGUUUGUUUGUAUAGCUGGUGUAGCUGAUCAAUUACAGACAAACUAUGCCAGUGAUUUACGGCACAUUUUGAAAUGUGUGUUUGACCUGAAUACUGAAUCUCUAACUGAACCGGUCAGUGAACCAGACCAAACGAAAAUUGCAAGUGAAAAUAAUGAAAAUGUUGAGCCAGGUGAUACAAAUGAUGAACUAGAGCCACCUAACCAGAUAGAUGAUCAAACCCCACCCACAACCAACGAGACUCCACCUUCAAACAAUCAAUCACAGUCAAACCACACCCCUUCACAGAGUAGAAUGCCAUCAUCACCAAGAAGAAUAUUUGAUAAACCACCAGAAUGGGUACCAGAUGACGAGGUGGAGAAAUGUACAGCGUGUAAAAUUCCCUUCACCUUUGUUAGACGUAGACAUCAUUGUCGUAACUGUGGAAAGAUAUUCUGCAACAAGUGUUCUUCUACCACAGUGCCUCUUCCUCACUACGGCCACCAGAAACCUGUACGAGUGUGUCACCGAUGUUUUAUAUAUCAGGUCUCUCAUUUUACUGUGUCACGAGAAUUCUGAGCAACAUCAAAUUUAUAUUAAAAAUUUUAUAUUAUUAAGUGCCGAUGUACAGUUCUUAUAAGAUCUUUGGAACACUGUUAGAAAAUUUGUUAUAGCUCUUUCGGUAACAAAGCAGCUAUUAUAUUUUAUAUGGCAUUUCCAUUUUUACUUAAAUCAUGAAUAAAUGUUGAGAAUUAAUUUAUGUUCCAAUUACAUGUACUUGCAUGUUUUCAAUUGAUGCGGACAGUUACUAACAAACUUUGAGCAUUUUCAAUAUGCAGCAUUUAAUUCAAGCUUAUUGCUCACAAUUUGUGUAAGAGUCUAAGGCAUGUUGCUGAAUUUUUCUUUUAUUUCAAAUGCAUCUCGGAUGAUUCACUUUUAAGUGCACAAUUUAUUUAUGAACUGUAAAUGUUUGUAACUAUGAUUUCCUGUAUCAUGUCACACAGACUUAGUCAAGUGAACAAUACCUUGUUUGAUACUUUUUUUUUGUAAUUUUAAGAAAUACAGUUUACAAAACUGUUAAUAAGUAGGACAGGUUUAUAAUUGUAUGUUUAAACAGUAACUGAGAUAGACAGAAUCGACCAUACAAGUUCAAUGUUUAUCCAUUUUCUUACCUCUAACUUUUAGGAUGACAAAUCUUUCUCAGAUAAAUAUGGUACAUUUUAACGUAAUUUUGAGUUAAAUUCUAUCAUUAUGAUAAUUUGUUGUUGGUUUCACUAACCUAAGUUUACUUGUAUGUUAAACUAUAAAUGACUGUGAUAUAUAUGUUCACUGUUAUAUAUUCCUUGGAUUGUGCUGAUUAUAAGGAAAUUUUGUGGUGGACAGGGUUCAAUAUCCUUGCCAUUUUAUCAUUGUAUUUACUGGUAGAAACUUACCAUUUAUUUGUUAACCUUUGUUAAUUAGAUGUAUGAAAGAAAUAUAUAUUUGUAUAUUUCCUUGAUAGCAAUUGGCAACUACUUAAAGUCAUUGCUAAACGGUUAAAAGCUCUAGUGAAAAUAGCGGCAUAUUUUGUUUGCAGAACAUUUUCUUCUGUUUACAUACAAUAUUCAUGUGUCUGUAAUAACAGGGACAUAAUGGAAACAUCAUAAUUUCACCAAUUAUGGACUUUAUAAAAAAAUAUUUCAUAAGAUACAAGUUUAUAUUCUUUAAACAGAAGCAUAAUUGAAACAAAUUGAUGACCCCAACUUUUUUUUUACAUCAUUUUGAUCAUAAUUCUGCUGGAAACAUCUUUAUUGUGUUCUACAGUUGCAGUGUUCGAAAUUAGCAGUAGUCCUAUAGCCCCAGACUACUAAGUUCCACCUUGGGCUACCAACUUUUCACAGUAACAAGCCCGACCAGGCUACUGUAUUUUCAGUGGCAAUAUAAACAACUGUUUUGAACAGAUGAAUUGUGCUAGUGAAAUGUCUUUUGGGCUAGUGAAUAUUCCAAUCUGGUAGUCCGACCAGCCUAGUGGUUUCAAAUUCGAAUUUCUUACACUGCAGUUGAAUAUAAUGAAUGAUUUAAGGAGUGGACAGAAAUCAGUGGACUAGUUGUUAAAAGCUAAUUUGUUAAUAAUGGAUAUAAACAACUUGAAGAAAAUAAAAACAUGUAUAGAUUAAGACUGUUUGACUUGCAAGGCUUCUAUGAUUCCUUAUACAGACUGACGUUAAAAUUACUUGUAACAUUUAGCUUGUCUGUUUCAAAGAAAAAGUCUAAAUGUUAUGACCACUGUGUUGCCAUGCAAAAAAUUUAAUGUAGCCCAUUACCCAAAGACUCAAGACAUUAGCACAAAACUUAAUAAAAUGUAGUUCUAAGACAAUGGACAUUAUUCUGAAAUCUGUAUCUUAGAGUUAUUUAAUUCUUUUUAACUUAGAUUUAAUUUUUUGUUAAAAUCAUAGAAUUGAUUUAUUUUGUAAAAAUUGUUGUUUGUAAACUAUGAAAGAAAAUUACCAUGUAGCUUAGAAUACUUCCUAGUCUUGACAUGGUACAGUUGUUGACAUGGUAUAGUUGUUUGUCGAGAGGCAGUAUACUAAAAGCAGUAAUAUAGGAGUCCUGCCCUUUUUUUGCAUAUUUUUUGUAAAAUUGAUAUUUGUUAUAAAAUUUUGAAAAUUAUUUAAGGUUUUUGUACUGACAUUUGCAUACUUUCUAAUGGGUGAAAAUGCACAAUUUUAGUAUGAGAAAGAUGCUUAAUGGUGAGAAUUUUUAGAGUUAUUUUCUUCUUUCACAUGGGGAAAUAAAGCAUAUAGCCUUAAGACAUAAGUAAACACUGCACACAGGUGUAUCAGUGAGACUUUUUUGACAUUUACUUAUAAUGAAAACUGUUUUCUCUUCAUUUUUGUUACCCGGUUGAUAAUUUAUGUAUAAUAUGUUCAUCUUGUUAUAUUUACUUGUAAUACUGUAAAAACCAUUAUCUUAUCAUUAUUAUGGUAAAUUGUGCAUUACAUGUAGUUUUCAUGCCCUCAUUUUUUUGUAGUUUUUAGAAUAUAAGUUUUUAACUUGUAUACAAAUUAACAUAAAAGUUUUAUAGGUAAAGCAGUGUAAGACAUGUCCAUGUCUUGUAAUUAUGAUUACAUAUAUGUUAAAUGCCAUGAAUGUCCGAAAAUGUUUGUAAUAGCUUGUUAAUCAAGAAUUAAGCACCUUGGUAUUUUGUGUAAAACUUUUACUCAAGGAAGGUUGUAUUUAUGUUGAUACAGUUUCGUAUUUCAUGAAUGGACUGUGUAGUUUAUAUUAUGUUAAUGAUUCAAUUUAUUUUCUGUGACUUUUUAGCUCACCUGUCACAAAGUGACAUGGUGAGCUUUUGUGAUCGCUUUUUGUCCAACGUCCGUCUGUAAACUUUUACUUUAAAUGACAUCUCAUAAACCGCUAAGCCAAUUUCAUCCAAACUUCACAGGAAUGUUCCUUUGGUAGUCAACUUUAAAAUUUGUUCAAAGAAUUUAAUUCCAAGCAGAACUCUGGUUGCCAUGGCAACCGAAAGAAAAUUACUUAAAAUAUCUUGUUUUAGAAAACAGAAAGAGCUAGAGCUUAAAUAUUUGGCAUGAAACAUCAUCUAGUCAGUGUCUAUCAAGUUUGAUCAAAUAAAUGACCUGGAGUUAAAAUUGGUCCCUCCCCAGGGGGUCAUUUGUAUAUAGUAAAAACUUAAAAAGUCCUCUUUUAAAAAAAAGGCCAAUAGCUAGAGCUAAGAUAUUUAGCAAGAAACAUCCUCUAGUCGGUGUCUACCAAGUUUAUUCAAAUAAAAGCUCUAAGGUAAAAAUUGGCCCAGCCCCAAGGGUUCAUUGAUUUUCCUUAUUUGUAUAUAGUAAAAACUUAAAAAAAAUCCUCUUUUAAAAAACCAAAACAGAUAGAGCUUAGAUAUUAAGAAUGAAACAUUUUCUAGUGGGUGUCCACAAAGUUUGUUCAAAUAAAAGCCCUGGGGUCAAAAUUGCCCCCCCCCCCCGGGUCAUUGUUUUCCUCUUUAUGUAUAUAGUAAAAUCUUUAAAAAUCUUCUUUUAAAAACCCCAAAGAGCUAGAGCUAAGAUAUUUAGCAUGAAACAUCUUUAAUGGGUGUAUUCCAAGUUUUUAGCUCAACUAUUCGAUAAGAAUAAGUAGAGCUAUUGUAGUCACCCGAGCGUCGGCGUAACCACUUAUGUUAAAGUUUUUGUAAUAGUUCAAAUAUUUUAAAAGUCCAUUGACAUAUGGCUUUGAAACUUUGCACACUUGUUCACCAUCAUGACCCCAACCUGUAGACAGGAGGAGGUAACUCUAUCAAGCAUUUUGACAGAAUUAUGCCCCUUUUUCAACUUAGAAUUUAUGUUAAAGUUUUUGUAAUACCUCUAAUAUUUUCAAAGUCCAUUGACAUAUGGCUUUGAAACUUUGCACACUUGUUCACCAUCAUGACCCCCACCUGUAGACAGGAGGAGGUAACUGUAUCAAGCAUUUUGACAGAAUUAUGCCCCUUUUUCGACUUAGAAUUUACGUUAAAGUUUUUGUAAUAGUUCAAAUAUUUUCAAAGUUAAUUGACAUAUGGCUUUGAAACUUUGCACACUUGUUCACCAUCAUGACACCAACCUGUAGACAGGAGGAGGUAACUGUAUCAAGCAUUUUGACAGAAUUAUGCCCCUUUUUCGACUUAGAAUUUACGUUAAAGUUUUUUGUAAUACCUCAAAUAUUUUCAAAGUCCAUUGACAUAUGGCUUUGAAACUUUGCAUACUUGUUCACCAUCAUGUCACCAACCUGUAAACAGGAGUAGGUAACUCUAUCAAGCAUUAUUUUUUACUAUCAAGCACUAGAAUAGUCGAGCGUUGCUGUCCUACCGACAGCUCUUGUUUCAAAUAAAGGCCUUUGGGUAGUGCUAAGAUAUUUAGUAUGAAACAUCUUUAAUGAGUGUCUACCAAGUUUGUUCAAAUAAGGGCCCUUGGAUUAAAAUUUGCCCUGCCCCGAGGGUUUUUGAUUUUCCUUAUAUGUGUAUAGUAAAAACUUAAAAAUCUUCUUAUAAAAUCCCCUAAAAACUUAAAAAAUCUUCUUAUAAAAUCCCCAAAGAACUAGAGUUUAGAUAUUUAUCUUGAAACAUCUUUUAAUGUGUGUCUACGGCGGAAGGUAGUGUAGUACUGGUGUAACUCUCCAGGGCGAUGGUUAGGAAACUACCGGCCUAUAUGACUGAAAUACUGUUGGAAAAGGCGUAAAAUGAAACAAACAAACAAAAAAAUAAUGUGUGUCUACCAAGUUUGUUCAAAUAAAAGCCCCUGGUUUAAAAUUGGCCUUGGCCCAGGGGCCUAUAUACAAGUGAGGCCUAUAUACAGGUGAGCGAUUUCAGGGCCAUCAUGGCCCUCUUGUUUUAUUUUAUACUCAAACAGUUGCUUUUUUCCAAAACAUACGAUAUAUUUCUGUAUUUUUGUAAUAGUGAUUAAAGUUUAAACUUAUUUGCAUGGAACAGAAUAAUUGCAUAUUAUCUAGACGUACUGUAUAAAAUAACCUUAUUAAUGAGACAACCUGUGCAUAUUGGUAAGGAGAUAGAUAAAAAAAAAGGCAGAAUUCUUUGGCCUUAUUUUUGGUUAAACAGCACACUGAUUCUAGAUUGAUUUACCUACGUAUUAUGAUAAUGUUUUUUUUAUUCUUUAUUCUUAUAAUUUUGUAUAUGACCAUUCAUUGAAAAUCUUCCAUAGUGAAACAAUAACAUUUUUAACUGUUAUGUUCUAUAAUUAUGCCCCCCAUUCAAAGAAAAGGUAGCGAAUUGCUUCACAAAUGUUGGACUGUCGGUGGGUAGACCACUUUGUUUCUACUCACUAACUAGAGAAGAAUUUGACUUGCAGCAUUUAAACUUUAUAGGAUGAUCACCCUCAUUGGGUAGAAAAUUCCUAUCAAACUUGGGGGCGCCAAUAAAGGUCAAGGUCACGGUGACUUUAAUAGUGAAAACUGUUACCGCUCACAAGUAGGGACAACAAUAUAGAUAAUUGUUAGUUAGUUUAUUAUAUAAUGCAUUAUCUUUUUUAAAAUGUGUAAGAAAUCAAAAGUUAUUGAUAAAUAAGUUAGAGACAUUGACAUCUAAAAUAAACUGUCCAAUAAACUGAUCAAGUGGUUUUUUUAGAUUGGUUAAGAAACUGGCAUGCUUAAAUUGAAGAGAACACAAAUGUGAAAAACUUUUAUCAUACUAAAGUAAAAAC